CGGCUCGGGCGGGGAGAUUGAGCCGCUCCGGGAGCGGCGGUUUGGGACCUGUGUGGUCCGACUCCUUCGGAAAUAACGACUGCAACUGCGGCGGGGUCGCGCCAUCGACCGCGUCCUUCCGGCUUUAGGUGAGUGAUGGCUCAGGAAGCAAUGGACUAUGAUCUGCAGGUACAGUCAGAUCAUCAUGCUGCAGAAGAGCCGCCUCCUGCUGAAGUGGUCAACAGCCAAACAGGACUGCCUCUGCUCCAGCCUGCGCCGCAGGUGUCUAUUGACCUGACAGAGGAAGGGGCGCCCUCAGGAGAAGAGAGUGUGGAGAACAUUGACCCAGGAGCUUCAGAGGAAGAUAGACGGGGAUCUGGUGCUAACCCCACCGUCCGUGUGUCUUCACUAGAGUCAGUGAACACUUUCAUCAGCGGGCUGCAGAGGCUUCAUGGCAUGCUGGAAUUCCUGAGACCUCCACCUUCAAACCAUAGUGUGGGACCAGUGAGAAUAAGGAGGAGGAGGGGUUCUGCUGUACGCAGGGCAAGGCCUGGAGGGUCUCAGAGGACAGACAGUGCCAGAUCAACAGCACCUUUGGAUGCUUUCUUUCAAGUGAGCAGGACCCAACCUCUCUUGCCAGCCGAAUCUUAUCCGGAGACUAGGAAUCCUGUUUCUGAAGACUUGCAGGUGUCGAGUAGUUCCAGUUCUGACAGUGACAGCUCUGCAGAGGAUGAAGAGGUUGUCCAGGAAGAAGAACCUGAAGCUGUUAUUUUAGAAGUUUCUGGAAAUGACAUGGCAGAGCCCCCAGGUGGUACCUCAGCAGAGCAAGAAGUUGCAGGUAUAGAUGGAAGAGAGGUCUUCCACAAACAGUUUCCCCAAAAAUCCAACCCUCUUCUCCCUUCCGAGCCUAUGGAUGAGGAAGACACUUGCACCAUAUGUUUGGAGCAGUGGACCAAUGCUGGGGACCACCGGGUCUCAGCAUUACGCUGCGGGCACCUCUUUGGGUAUGGAUGCAUUUCUAAGUGGCUCAAAGGACAGGCACGAAAGUGUCCCCAGUGCAACAAGAAAGCCAAGCACAGUGACAUCGUUGUCCUCUAUACUCGAACCCUGAGAGCUUUGGACACUAGUGAACAGGAACGCAUGAAAAGUUCUUUACUGAAGGAACAGAUGAUAAGGAAGCAGGCCGAGUUAGAAUCGGCACAGUGUCGCCUCCAACUUCAGGUCCUCACUGAAGAAUGCACUAAGCUUCAUGGUCGUGUCCAGGAAUUGCAAAAACUUAUUGUACAGCAUCGGGAUCAGAUUUUGCGGCACCCCAGGAGCUGCCAAGCACAUUUCCUAGGCUGCCUGUCCUCCAGCCAGAGCCAGCACAAGUAUUGUUUCCAGAAGACCUUCACGGUGUCUCAUACAGGGAACUGCCGAAUCAUGGCAUACUGUGAUUCCAUGAGCUGCCUGGUGGUGUCACAGCCUUCUCCUCAGGCCUCUUUCUUGCCAGGCUUUGGUGUUAAGAUGUUGAGUACUGCCAACAUGAAGAGCAGUCAGUACAUUCCAAUGCAUGGCAAGCAGAUUCGAGGACUGGCUUUCAGCAGUCGGUCCAAAGGCUUGCUACUCUCUGCCUCCUUGGACAGCACUCUUAAACUGACCAGCCUGGAGACAAAUACUGUGGUCCAAACCUACAAUGCUGGGCGUCCUGUCUGGAGCUGCUGCUGGUGUCUUGAUGAGAACAAUUACAUCUAUGCUGGACUGGUCAAUGGUUCAAUUCUUGUCUAUGACCUGCGAAACACAAGCUGUCAUGUCCAGGAGCUAGUUCCUCAGAAAGCCAGAUGCCCUCUGGUAUCCCUGUCAUACUUACCUAGAGCUGCCUCGGCUGUAUUUCCUUAUGGUGGGGUGUUGGCUGGAACCUUGGAGAGUGCUUCCUUCUGGGAGCUAAAAAUGGGCUUUUCUCAUUGGCCUCAUGUCCUGCCCUUGGAGCCAGGGGGCUGCACGGACUUUCAGACGGAGAGUACCACUCGGCACUGUCUUGUGACCUACAGGCCCGAUAAAAACCACAACACCUUACGAAGUGUGCUGAUGGCGAUGUCCUACAGCCUGAAUGACACUGGAGAACCAGUCUGCUCAUGCCGUCCCAUACAAACAUUUUUUGGGGGACCCACUUGCAAGCUGCUGACCAAAAGUGCCAUUUUCCGAAGCCCAAAGAAUGAUGGCAGCCUCCUGGUGUGUUCUGGGGAUGAAUCAUCAAAUUCUGCCCUGAGUAAAAAUGACUUGAAGUCAGCAAAGAAAAAAAUGAGAUGGAUAAAGCAAAUAUGCUGUGGGAUGCUAGCAGUGGCUCCUUGCUGCAGAAACUGCAGACUGAUCAGCCUGUCUUGGACGUCUGCCCAUUUGAAGUGAGCCAUGACAACUACUUGGCUACCUUAACAGAGAAGAUGGUCCACAUCUAUAGGUGGGAGUGACCAUGGUCUUGAAGCCAGUCAGACAUGCUGCUGGUUAAUGUUAAAAUGUUUUGCCAGUACCUAGCAGCCCUGCAUAUCACCUGCAACCCGGAACUAUUGGGAUCAUGGUUCAUUUGGAUUAGUAUGAUUCUAGGACUUCAGGUCACUGAGACACUACAAAUUGUGUCUGCUAUGUCCAUCAAGAAAAUGCAUGACUGGUAGUCCAUCACAUUCUCCUCUUGGCUUAAAAGCCUUCCUCGGUCUUUGUUGUUGGGUUGGAGUACGUUUAUAUUUGGUCUAAUUUUCUGCUGGACCUCAGAGAGGGUCCUUGCAGCAGUUAUUUAGGGUAGGAGUACACACCAAGCAUUUUCUGGGAUAUGUAUACUCUGAGUGGUCUUGUCACUUGGGCCGUUUGGCUUGGGGAAAUGCCCCUGAAGAGAUUAACCAUCUUCUUGACGUUGCUUGGUGAAUGUACAAGAGUCGUUCUUGAGCUGAACACAAGAGGGUGCUAUAACACCUUGAGUAGGGUUUGAUUUGUUUUUGGUGUCCGAGACUGACCACAUUUUAGCACCUUGGUCUCUCAUCCUCACAGAAGGUGUGACAAGACAUAUGGUGUGCUUUGUGGCAGUAACAGUUAUGUUCCAGCAUGUAGUGCGGGGAAGUUGGCAAGCCCAGUGGUGGAGGGGGCCGAUGAGCCAUAGAUGCUCUCCUAAUGCUAAGUGCGUUAAGGUCAACACAUUGUGAGAGCUAAUCAAAGAGACCAGUUGUUGAGCAUUUGAGAAGAAUCAUUUUUUUUCUAGACAGCCUAGAAUCUCAGGAUUGGUUUUACUUAAGCUCCUGCUUUGAAGACCAGUUUUUCCCUCUCUAGGAAAAGAUGAACCACAUGUCAAAACUCUUACUUCAGUCUUCUGCAGGAACAGAGAUAAGGAAGAAAGCGCUAAGAGAGGGCUUCUAACAGAGAAGCUGCUCAAACUGCUGUUGAGAACAGGAGAAGGAUUUUUCCCUUCGUUUUGGAAAGAAUUUAUAUCUGAAUAAAGCCCUGGGAGUGAGGAGCUAUUCUUGAGCAUGUUUAUAAUUCCCAGAUAAAGUCUUCCCUUGUGAAACUGAUGUUUGAUUCCAUGUUCCUCUGAUUUCCCUCCUUUUGUAACUUUUCUAAAUGUUUUGCUAGUAAAAUGGUUGUUCUCAGGAACAUAAUAGCAGUUGAAGGCCUGUAGAUGGUGGGGAGAUGCCCACCACCUUCCAUUUCAACCCUAGAUUGUCCAAAAUUGGGGGCUUUAUUUUUUUCCCAACAGAGGGCUCAGUUUAUAUUUGUUUCUUUUUGGUAGCAAAGAUCCACUGCCUAAGGCUAUGCUGCUAAGCCACUCUCCACAACAGAACAUGCCUCAAGGCUGGGCAGGUCAGUGCCCUGUUCUUAGGAACACAAAGGCUAACAGUAUGCUUUUCUUAAAUAAUUGUGAUAGAGAUGUUACUAUUAUUUUUCUUAUAAAACAGUUAUGACCUGUGAAUUCCUGAACUAUUUCCAGAAUCUUUCUCACCGGUUAGGGUUCUUGGGGUAGAUUUCCCCAGAGUUCCAAGUUCCGGUUGUGCCUAUUAGGGGGCCCUUAUAUUGGACACGUCUCCUUGAAUUACUCCUCUUGCGUAUUCCAAGACAUUUUCCCCAAAACCAGCUUCCACGCCUGGGAAAAGAGCCUCUCAAAGGAGAUAACCCUUUUUUAAUAUGUUGGUGAUUAAGAGUGGCUGCCCAGGCCUGGGGUCCCAGUGGCCGGACAGGAUCUGAAUUAAAAAAACAGAACUCAUCUGGUGUCAGCAGACUAUCACAGAGAGGAUGCAGGUGGUUAGGCCCUGGCUGCCUUUGUCUUUGGGCUGGGGCAGGGUUAGGAUUUGACUUGGUUUACCCCUGGCAUCUCCGUGGGUGUGGGGUCAGAAUACCUUGCUUUGAAGUACACUCAUCCGUGAUUAUUGAUUUUCCCUAAGUGUAGGAAUCAGGGGACUUAAUUGCCAGUGAAGUUCGGCGGAUCUCAAGUCUUUCCAAUCCUUGAAUUCCUACAAUAAAUUUGGAUGUUUUGGAAGCAGAUUCAUGUGGCUAUGACUGAUUUCUCCAAGGAAAUCCCCCUUUUUGCCCCCACAGGAGCUUGCAUCUGUAGACUAGGUUCUAGUCUCCCCUGCACCACCAGACUCUGCACCACCACAUUCCCUUACCCAUUUCUAAGGUUAUUUUCUCAUUUGAAGUUUGUGGUUCAGUGAGCUCAAAAUACCUUCACAUUUUAUAUAUCUUUGUGCCUGCUUUGAAAACAGGACAACGGGAUCUUUGUGUUUUAUGUUUUAAAAUUAUAUAAAAAUAAAGAAUUUGCCAUGUGUUACAGCUUUUUUGUCUGUUUGUCUUUUUGACCACCAGAGGAAGGAACACACCUGCCAUCCUGGUAGAUUUCUCUGUCUCAUGCAGUACUAUCUAUGUCUGAGCUAUACGGCGUGAUCCCUCUGACGUGAACAUCUUUAGCUGGCAGUUAUAUGUGACUGUUGCUCAUGGGAAGCUGUGUGCCUCUGAAGAACCCCCCAUACUGAUCUUUUGUCUACUCUUAGACCUCAGAGUCUGGUGCAAACUACAUUUUCCAGACUACUGACUUUCAGUUAAUUUCUUUGAAUGGGCAGUACUAGCAGGACACUGCAAAUGGAAGGAAGAGAGAGGAGAAGACUAUUUUAUUUCUUGUAGUCUUUGGCAGCACUUCUGGCAAUGGUGGCAGCAGGGAGCAAGUGUGGGCUCCUUGGUUCCUGCUCAGACAAGCACACUUCCAGCCACUUGCCUCAGUUUCUUUGUUCUGUUUGAGUUCAGGAAUUUCUGUUGUCAUGAGUCAUGGUGUUCUGGGAUUAGGCUGGAAAGGUUGAAAAUAUUUUCCAGCUGAACAGCAAGUGGAGUAUACUAGAUUCCAAGAGGGCUGAAUCUAUAGGUGUAAGCUUGCUACUGUAAUGAUAGUGGCCUUGUGGUAUAUUUGGUAAACCCCAAAUUACUAAGAAACCCGACACUAUUGUUUUCUCUCCCUCGGUGUUCUUCCUUUUGCCUCCCAUCUCAUUUUGGCUGUGUGUGAAAUUCUGAAAAUAGAUGUUUUUGUGUCCUUGUCCUUUAAUCAGUCAACUUGUGUUUGUUACUAACAGCCUCUGCUGCUUAUUUAUCCCUUGAUAGUUUAUGAAACCCCUUCCUAUACAUUAAUUCAUCCGUAAACAAUGUUGUGGAAUAAGUAUUGUUAUUCUGUUUUACAGAAGAAGAAACAGGUUAAAAAUCUUAAUGAAAAAUUACAUUUAGAUGGUAUUUAAAAUUUGCAUGUCCUGGUCUUUCUAUUCUUGUAAAAGGGCUUACCAAGAGGCUGGACAGGGGUCAUAUUAAUAUAGAACUGGAUUUGGAUUAAAGGAAGUGUGGGACAUUGAGGAGAAGGAAGCUCAGAACAUGACUUAACAGAUGUCUGGAUAAAAAAGACCUGGAAAUUUUGCUACCUAAACUGAGCUGUGUAAGCUGCUGACAGUUGGAUAGACUGUUGGUUAACAAAAGUUACAGGUGGGAGCUUACACGUGUUCGUGGAAUAAGGGAGAGGAUUUAUUAUGCCUUCAAAGCCUUUCCAACUCUGAGCUUUGUAUCAUGCCCAUAGUCCCUGCUGUUUGUUUAAAACACCACCAUGAGGUUAAAGGAGUGCUCCAGAAGGGCCCUGAAAAGUUCUCGGUUUUGAGCUCUGGUGGUACAUUGAUUGUUAGGUUAGCUAGCUGUUUCCUUAGGGAACAGAUAGGAAGGAAUGAGGGUCUUACAUAAGAAAUGGUGAUACAGUGAGGGAAAGAUAAGUUGAGACCUCUCUGAGAGGAAUCACUGGAAUCUAAUCCCCGUGGGGUCUCGACACCUGACUUGUAUCCCAGUGGAAGCUCUAAGAUUGGCCAUGACCCCUGUUCCUCUCAUGAAGGGGUGAUAUUCUUACUGAUGAGGUGAAAUAAGUGAUAGUACUUUGAAUCCCUAGCCAAACAAAAUGUCCCUGCCCUCAGCUUAGGUGAAUCACUUGGCACAUGAGUCAAGGACAGGAAACAAAUAUAUUAUCAGAUAUUAACAUUUCUUUUCCUGAUUAAGACCCAAAAGACAUGAGAUUUCCUUUAGGGUAGGGACCAUGACCUGAGCUACUUGGUAAAUUGUCAUAAUGGAGGUAGGACAACCAAACCCCAGUUCCAGCUCUGCCUACACAUAUCCCUCCUUCCGGGUCUUAGAUUCUUGGACUAGACAGUCACUGAGGUUUCUGUGAGACAGACAAGUUCAGGUCCUUUAGCUGGAUCACUUGGGGCUGCCUGGAAGUAUGUUAUCCCGUCUUCAUCCCUUGAGUCUUACUGACACUAAAUCACUAAUGCCUUUCUGGCUCAGUAGUCUAUAUAGAACUUUUUUUCUUCUAAGAAAAAAUAGUGUAUUUUAGAUUGACAUUUAUGUAGUAGCUACAUUUACUGAGGGUUUAUUAUGUGCCUGAUGCCGUUGUGUGCUGUCAAGUCGGUUCUAACUCAUAGUGGCCCUAUAUGAUGGGGUAGAACUGCCCCAUAGGGCUCUCUAGGCUGUAGUCUUAACAGGAGCAGAUCACCAGGUCUUUUCUCUCAUGGAGGAGUUAGUGGGUUCGAACCGCUGACCUUUUAGCUAGCAGCCAAGCGCUUAACCAUUGCACCACCAGAGCUCCUUCCUAGUGUACUGUCCCUUUUAUAUGAAGGGGACUCUCAGAUUGAAGAACUUUCCCAGGUAUGAUGCCCAUGAAAGUUCACAUCUCAGAUCUCUGCCUGUGGGGAGCAUAAUUGACUGCUGUUCCAGCUGCUGAGCUCUGAAGCCAUAUACUGCAUCCUUACCAAGGCCACGCUUCCCCAGGGUUGCUCCCAGCCAGUGACUGAGCAUGACAGGGAUACUAAGGCAGACCCAUUCCUACAAGACAUUGAAUUCUGACUAACCCACCAGGAUAUCACAGCAAGCAAAUAGUGGAGUAGAUCAUGGAACCCAGGUAGUCUAGGCUGGUUGUUAUAACCACAACACAGUCUCUAGAGCAGGUAAUACAUAGGUUCUUGGAAAGUAAUGGCUGAAUAAAUGAAUGAUAUAAAAAUGAUAGGUGGGUAAGGGAUUAAUUUUCCCUGGGGAAGCUUCAGAAGGGUUGAAACUUGAGAAUGGCAUUAAAGGCGAAAAAUUUAAGAUGAAGGUGUUAGAACUUCCUGGGCCAAUGUUGCUUUUAUUUGAUCUUGAAAUCAAGACUGGAAGGGACCAGUUCUGGGUUAGUUGUUGGGGCAAGCAUAUUCCUGGUUACCAUAAUCAGAAAUUUUUGAAAGUUGUUCCAGGUGACUCAGCUGCACAGUCAAGUUCGGGAAAGCAGUCCUGUACUUUAAAAAGCUGCAUUGUCCUCAAAGGGGAAGAAUUAUAAGAAGUGAGAUGAGAAAAAUUGCUCUGCCUAAUCACUUCUUUUCACCUUCCUUGCCCAAAUAGUGGUGAGGAGGACUACUGGAGAGCUUCAGGAAAGUAAGAGCCUUUCAGCCAUGUAGCAAUAGGAGGCAGCAGCUUGACCAAUUCAGUGUCUUCACUGAUGGCACUUUGUAUCCAAACAACACCAUGCUGAGCACUGUGGGGGAAUGAGUAGUUGAAGGCCCUACCUGUGCUAGCUCUUGUUUGAGGAUUAUAUCAUACCCUUGCUGAAAACCCUCUCAAGGAUUCCCGUUACGUUUAGGUUUGGCUUAGACCUUACUGCAACUGUUUUCUGUUUAUCCCGUCUGUUCCUUAUUACUUUAUUUCCCCCUCCCCCUUGUGCCUUUUGGAUUAAUCAAGUGCAUUUUUUUCCAGUUUUUUUCUCUCUUCUAUUAGCUUUCCACUUCUACAUUCUUGUAUUAUUCUUUUUGUUUACCCUUGACUCUAGGGCCUAGAGUUACAGUAUGCAUCCUUAGUUAUAUGCUAUGGGAGUCAUAUGUUUUACAUGUGUUAUAAAUCUCUUAUUGUUUAAAACAGUUCAUAU